UUCGCAAAGAUUUGGGCUGAGAGACUUCUCAGUGCGGUCGUUUUUCCUACUCGAUGAUGGGUUGGAAGUUCCGCCACCUGGCAGGGGGGGGGGAAGUCUCGUUUCUAGCAGGCAGAGCUGACAACCUUGUAGGGAACUUGCUCCGGUGUCCACAUGCAACCCUUGCGACUUGGAGGAGACUGCAUAAGGCUGACACUGACUUCCUGCCGGACAUUCUAGAGAGGGUGCAACAUGCGGUGGAGGAGAAUCCCUGCAAUGACGAUGAUGCCCCUACAGUGGAGGAUAUUGUAGGCGGAGGAGGGGGAGGAGGCCCCGUCGGUGGGGAGGGUGAGGAGGUGGCUAGUGGGCAUCCUCUCGGUGGAGGACAUGUGGAGACGAGCAUCGUGAGGUAUGCGAAGAGCCCAUGGCAGAAGGAUAUUGAUGACUCUUGCUGUGAGUUCUUCGUGGAGAACGUCAUCCCAUUCAAAGUCGCCAAAAGCAGGAGCUUCAAAAAGUUCACUUUGGCGUGUUAUGGGCCACAGCCAUCGGCGAGCCACCCUCUUCGGCUCAAGGUCUGCGCGAAGGUCAUCACGCGUAUCGUGAACGGACUCGCCUGGGAGAACAUGGUGUGGCGAGGGGAUGUCAGGGAGAAGGUCUUCUUCGUGGAAGAGACUGUUCUUGACAAGGCCUUUUGGGAUGAUGUCAAGAAGUUGGCCACCCUGAUGAAGGGCCCUUACAAUGUUCUGCGAGAGGUGGACAAGGAUGUCCACUGCCUGUCGCACAUCUACGACAUGGCCUGUCAGUUGCCGGUCUUCGUUCAUGCAGCCCUCGUCACUGACGAGGAGCGAGAUGAGAUCUUGACGGCGAUGGCGAAUAGGACUGACAUGCUGCUCAGCCCCAUUCAUGGUGUGGCCCGGUUGCUAGAUCCUGUCUUGAGGGACAUCGCUGUUUUCAGCAAUGUGGCGCUGAUGACGCAGUUCAGGAGUGUUGUGGAUCGACUGAUCGGGAAGAGAGGGAGCAAGAGGUUCAGUGACUACAUGGAGCAUUUGUACGACUUCCAGUUCAGAACAGGGUAUUUGGCUUGUGUAAGUGUGAUGAUGUGAUCUUGUGUGUACAUGCUUUAGCUACACGGGGUCUAGCAGCAGCUGCAACAGCGG